AGGCCUCCCCUCUGCAUUGCCUGCCUGCCUGCCUUCCUCUCGGGCGUGGUGGAUCCCGCAGCAGUCGAUUCCUCGGAAAGGAAGCCAGCCCGGAAAGGAAGAAGCAGCAGACAAGAGCCGCUCGGAAUCGGACCAUCUGUGCCAACUUUGAAACUUUUAAGAGUCUAGAGAUGUUCCUGGUGAAAAACUUCCUUGGAGGCGGAGGAGGAGGAGGCGGCGGCGGAGGCGGGAACAUCAACAUCGGCAAUGUGAUUGGCGGGUUUUUGAGUGGCGGCGGCGGAGGAGGAGGCGGUGGUGGUGGAGGGGGCGGAGCCAUGGGCAUCCUGGGCGGAGUCAUCAGCGCCAUCAGUGAAGCAGCAGCUCAAUACAACCCGGAGCCUCCGCCUCCUCGCAGCCACUUUUCCCAAGUCGAAUCCAACGAAAGCGAGGAAGUGCGGCAAUUCCGGAGGCUCUUCACGCAGCUGGCAGGAGAGGAUAUGGAAGUGAGCGCGACGGAGCUGAUGAACAUCCUCAACAAAGUGGUGACCAGACAUCCUGACCUGAAGACAGAUGGGUUUGGGAUUGAUACCUGUCGCAGCAUGGUGGCCGUCAUGGACAGCGACACAACCGGGAAACUCGGGUUCGACGAAUUCAAAUAUCUCUGGAACAAUAUCAAGAAGUGGCAGGGAAUUUACAAACGUUUUGACGCAGACCGGUCCGGGACUAUCGGUAGCAAUGAACUCCCAGGUGCUUUUGAGGCUGCAGGCUUUCGGCUCAACGAGCAGCUCUACAGCAUGAUGGUGCGCAGGUAUUCGGACGAGAACGGGAACAUGGACUUUGACAACUUCAUCAGCUGCCUGGUCCGCCUGGACGCCAUGUUUCGUGCCUUCAAAUCCUUGGACAGAGAUGGCAGCGGACAAAUCCGUGUGACUUUAAGGGAGUGGUUGCAGCUCACCAUGUACUCUUAAAGGCCAGCAUGAAAGUCCGAUCCUGCCUCUUAUGCCAUCACCGAGCCUAAUUUGGAAUAGUUUCAAUUUAUGCGCUUAAAGAAUCCUAUAUUUCCUUCCUUUCUUGUUUUCCUCCCUUACCUUCUUUCUUUCCUUCCUUCCUUUUUUCCCUUCUUUCCACUUUCCCUCCUUCCUUCUCUUCUUUCCUCCUUCCCUCUCUUUCCUUCUCUCCUUCCUUCCCUUCCUUUCUCUUUU